GGAUGUUGUUAAAUCGCCUCUUUGCUCGUUGUACUUGUUUAUCCGCCUCCCAGGCAAUUUGUAGAAGCUUCAGUGCAAACGCCACACUUGUAAAAUCAACGCAAACCCCUGUAAAACUGAAAAAAGAGGAGAUUGAACUCGAAUUGUCCAAUGUAUUGAGGAAUGAAGAAAAUGCGCUGCAAAAUGUUCGGCCGUGGCAACAAUUGGAGCUUUUACCUAGUCACAAUUUUAAACACGUCGUUACUUCGGAAAAGGGGGUUUGUCUACAAAAGAAUUUUCUGUUUAAACGAAAAAAAUGGGACGAAAGACGUGCUUUAAUGGAUCCUGGAGUUAAACUUCUCCAUUAUCCCUAUACUCCAACAACUCCCCCUCCAGAAUAUUUGGACUCUUCCCAGUGGAAUGAGGCGUUUACUUCCGCCAGAAUUUUUCUUCUUGGGACAAAACAUGAUACAAUCAAAAGCGUUAACGAUGUUUGUUUGUUUUUUUCGUUCGGGUUAACUCACGGAACGGACAAAUUGCGGAAUGACCAAAACACGGAAUUUUUUAAAAAUCAGAAUAUUUUCAGAAUUUUUCAGAAUUUUUUCUGA